AUGGGAAACUGCUUCUCGACUUCCUCUGUAUCCACCGCUGAGAUCUCUCCGCUUGACCUCGCCGUCAAACCUCCCCUCGCCGUCGUAUCCUCUCCCGCCGCCGCCGCACAAACUCACCUUCCAGCUCCUCGACUCCCAAUCCCUCCGCCUUCAGCUAAGGAAACGACGGCUACGGCGACGGCGACCUCCACCGUCACAGUGAAACUAUACGGACCGUCGAACAGUCUGGCGACUUCAUACCUCCGCUUCGCACUCCUCCACAAGAAAGUAAACCUCCGCUUCGUCCCCUCCGAAGACCAGAAGCCGACGAUCCAAAUCGGAUCGGAGAAAACGUCGGGAUCUCAGGAGGCUCUCCUCCGCUACAUCGAGGAAAAGUUCCCGGAGCCGAGGCUGAUGAUAUGGAAGUUCAACCUCGAAGGCUUCGACGAGGCGACGCCGCCGAUAGUGAAGGCGAUCUGGCUUCACCACAGGAGCAUGACGUGGCACGUGGAGAGGAUGCUGAGGUGGUCGGAGGAUCUGGCGGCACGUGGAGGGAGGAGAGCCGCUGAUCCGUCCGUGGGGACGCCGAAGAUGGAGAUUAGGAAGUUCGCGAAGAGCUACACGCAGCUGCAGGAGCUGAUGCUUGAGCACGCUCAGAUGGAGGAGAGGAUCCUCUUCCCCGUUCUUGAAUCUGUUGAUCGAGGGAUGUGUAAGAGUGCAAGCGCAGAACAUGGGAGAGAGUUACCGUUGAUGAAUGGAAUCAAGGAGUACAUCAAAUCGAUUGCUGUAAUGGAUUCUGGGAUAUGUUCUGAGGAGCUCUUUAGUCUUGCUUCUCGUUUCAAAUCAUUACAGAUGAUGUGUAAAGCACAUUUUGAAGAGGAAGAGAAAGAGUUGCUACCGAUGGUGGAAGCUGCAGAGAUGGGGAAAGAGAAGCAGAAGAAGCUCAUGAAUCAAGGGUUGGAAGUUAUGAGAGGGACUCAUACUAAUGUCUUUGAUUUCCUCCUUCAAGGUCUCACCCCUCAAGAAGCUAUGCAGUAUCUUGACUUGCUCAUCAACUUUGGUGAUCCAGAUCUUAUCUCUUCUUUCAUGUGCCAACGAGACAUUGUUGAUUGAUUUUGUCUUUUGUGAAAAAACUCUUGUCGUGUUUGGUGAAGUGUAUUUGGUGUAAAUAGAGUUCAGAUUGUCGAUGCUGGUUUGUUUACUCAUUUUCUUAGGUGUAAAACAAAUAUGUUAUGUAACUCGUAAGACUGCACAUUCUAGUUUUCAACAUUGUCA